AUGACAUUGGCAGCGUCAAACUGUAAAAUACUGACAUACGCUGAUGACACUGUCAUUUAUGUUUCUGGUAAAACAAAAGAUAGCAUCGAAAAAUUGUUGACUGAUGACUUCAGUCGUGUUGCAGACUGGCUCGAAAUGAACGAUCUUAUUAUCGGCAUCAAUCACUCUUUCACCAACUCCUACAAGUAUCUUGGUGUAAAAUUGGACCAAACGCUUUCACUAUCUGAGCACAUCGAGUCGACAUACAAGAAAGUUAGAGGGAGAUUAUACUUGCUUCAGAGAAUCAGACCUCAGUUAACCAUCGAGACUGCAUCAACAAUUUACAAGACCAUGUUGAUACCAGUUUUCACGAAUUGUUCAAUCAUUACAUGUUAUUCUACCAAGACGUAUCAGGUAAAGUUGGAAAAUUUAGAAAAGCGAGCAAAUCGUAUUAUAUUCAAGAAGAACGUGCCAAGAAAAUCUAAACCAGUAUCAAUUAAAGAUCUGUUAAGGCAACGUCUUUGCCUUCAACUUUUCAAGUGUGUUCAUGGAGACGUGUGUGAAAACUUUGUAAAUUAUUUUGAAAAAAUGACAAACAACACAAGAAAUAAAAAUCAUUUACUACGACUACCUAAGAUUAAGCUGGAAUCAAGUAGAAAAAGUUUCUUUUUUAAUGGUGCAGAAACUUUCAACGAGCUUCCUCUGCAAAUACGUGCUUCGACAUCAAUAGAAGAUUUUGUAAAAUUAUAUGAAGAGUUUUUUUAAUUUGUAAAUAUUAAUUUUUACUAACACAUUUUUAGUUAUUAUUUUAAAUUUUAUUACUAUUUUUGGGGGGCUGGAAAACAGGACCCAUGGAAGAACAGAAAUUUUGUAAUUAUAUAUAUUUUGUAUAUUUUACUAAUUUUUUAAUGGAAAAAUCCUGUAUAAAUAUUCGUUAUAAAUAAAUAAAUAAAUAAAUAAAUAAAUAAAUAAAUAAAUAAAUAAAUAAAUAAAUAAAUAAAUAAAUAAAUAAAUAAAUAAAUAAAUAAAUAAAUAAAUAAAUAAAUAAAUAAAUAAAUAAAUAAAUAAAUAGAGGUUUCUUAAAUUUGGAACAUUAA